AAAGUUUUUAGUAUCCGGUGUGGAGAGAACAAUAAAUGGUUCGUCAUCCAACAUUUUUGACCUGCAUCUCGACAAGCUUGACCAAGCAUGGACCAAAGACAUCCCGACAGCCGAUUACAUCAUCUCCUCCGGACACUGGUUCUUCCGCCCAAUUUAUCUUCGAUCACGAUGGCGGUAAGGUAAUCGGCUGUGUUUAUUGUAACGAACCAAGUGAAACUGACCAUAGAGUAGCAUUUGCUUUAAAGCUUACGUUUCGUUCUGUGUUAAGGCACAUAAAUACCUGCAACGAAUGCAGGGUGAGGGGUACCCUGCUUAGGACAUUCUCGCCGGUACAUUUCGAGCAUGCAGUUUGGAAUACCGGUGGAAGCUGCAACAGGACAAGUCCUUUUGGAAAGGAGGGUUUGAUUUGGGUGGAAUUGAGUGGGAAAUGAGAAGCGUGCGGUGAAAGAGGUAGAGAAAGCAAAGAGAGAAGGGCAGGAGAAGUUUGGGAUCCUGGACGUUAGUAAGGCAACGAUAAAGACACCUGAUGGGCAUCCUGGAGAAUUUCUGGGUAAUAAAUGGCAUGGUUACAAUGACUGCCUCCAUUGGUGCCUGCCCGGUCCUAUUGAUGUGUGGAAUGAUUUUCUAAUGCCAGUUUUGAGAAGAGAGGCUCCCUUGGUAUAAUCAAUCUAGAAUAUUUUA